UAGUACAACUCUAUUAUUAUAUUGUCUGAAGCAGCUUAAAAGAUGAGUAUCUCAGAAGAUGAAAAACUGUCACAAAUGAUCAAAGACUAUAUUGAAACAGGCGGCGGCUCAACGUUCAAAGAUUCUUGCUUUGUUCAUUCUGAUGACGACAAUCCCAAAUUUUUCUUCUCUCUACAGGAGAUAAUGGAGGAAACCCCAGAAGCUGAAACAGAAGUUUACAGGAGAAUCUUGUUCUACCUUAAAGAUAUGGAAUCUAUGGAGAAACUCAACAAACUCAAGAAAUGGAUUGUUUUUAGAUUGGAAAUGGAUAAUUAUGAAUCCCAUCUCUGUCAAACUUCAUGGUCAACCCCUUUUGGUCCACCUUCAGUGUUUGAAUUCAGAGGUGAUUAUGAGUAUGUAGAUGUGGUGAUGAGAGAGAAGAAAGGGUGCAAGGAGGUAAGAUUGGUAGUGGACAUAGAUUUCAGGACACAGUUUGAGUUGUCUAGGCCAACACCAAAGUAUCAAGAACUCACAAAUGCACUCCCUCUGAUAUUUGUUGGGACUGAAGAAAAGCUGGAGAAGCUGAUUACUUUGAUUUGCUCUGCUGCCAAACAGUCCCUUAAGGAGAGGGGAUUGCAUAUCCCACCAUGGAGGAAAGCCAGUUACAUGCACAACAAAUGGCUGUCUGGAAACUGCAAGAAGGUUUCAUUUUCUGAGUUGAAUCUGUCGGCUAAUUACACACCAAAAACUGGCUGUUUUCAAGAUUUCAUCCAUGUUUAUCAGCAUUUUGGCACAUUUAGUAAUAAUAAUAAUAGUAAUUGUUAAGCCUGAGAAAUAGAGUUCAGUUGACUUUUUUUGUGUACGUGGACUUGAGUAGGUUUUUGGAUUUGUUCUUCCUUUUUAUGUGUGUAAAUUGUAAUAGUUCUAUUUAAUUGAAGUCUUUUUAUCUUCCUUAAAUGAAGAUUCAAGAAUCUUGAAUAAAUAUUAGUAUAUUAGUGAGUUGCUAACUAAAAUAAUAUAUUCAUUGUUU